UUAUUGCCACUAUCCAUUUGCAGAAUUUCCCGCAAUUUCUGCUGCGAUAUUGCUGUGUGGUGAUGCCGUCAAGACGUGAAGGCUGCUAAUUGCCGGUGCCACGAUUGCUUACUAAUUCACUUAUUUCAUGAAUACACCUCGUGCAAUCGUGCUUAAAUAUCGCAGUCCUCAAAAUUUGACUGUCUGGUUAUAAGUGUGGCCCGGUUUUUUGCUUACAAUGGGUGACAGAAGAGAUAACAUGAGGCUUGCUGAGGUGAAAGUUUUGGAGCAUCCUACUUUAAAGGUGCCUUAUGAGAUACUGAACAAGAAGUUCCGGAGCUCACAGAAGACGCUGGACCGCGAGCUGGCCCACUUCUGCUCAGCUGCCAAUGAGCUGGAGACCAGUCUGCACCGCACCUCCGUCACGGUGGACGACGUGACGCGGCUGCUGGGCACCGUCACAGACCGGUUACGCGCGCUUAAGCGCAAGUCGGAGGAGUCUAUCACUGACGAGCUAGAGUCAGCGGACCUGUGCAAGCGACGCCUCAAGCACCUGAUGGAAUACAAUACUGACAGUCCGGGCGUCGUGUCCCAAUGGAAGCGCAAGCGACUCGACCGCCUUCUUGUCGACCACUUUGUGCGCUGCGGCUUCUACGAGCUGGCAAUGAGCCUGGCGCGCCAGUCGCACAUUGAGGAGCUGACCAACAUUGACAUAUUCCUGGUGGCCAAGGAGGUAGAGGAGAGUCUGCUGCGCAAGGACACGGGCCCGGCGCUGGCCUGGUGCCACGACAACAAGUCGAAGCUGCGCAAGAGCCGCUCCAAGCUGGAGCUCUACCUGCGGCAGCAGGAGUUCGUCGAGCUGGUUAAGGCUGACCGGCGCAUGGAGGCUGUGCUGCAUGCAAGGAAGUACCUGUCCAACAUGGAUGAGUAUCAGUGCGAGGAUAUCCAGAGCUGCAUGGCUCUGCUGGCCUUCCCCGUUGACACGGAUAUCGAGCCCUACUGUGCCAUGUUCGCCGAAAGUCGCUGGCAGCUGCUCAUCAUGGAGUUCCGCGAGGAGAACUUCCGCAUCUACCAGCUGUCGUCAGUGUCCGUAUUCAACACGGUGCUGCAGGACGGCCUUGCCACGCUCAAGACGCAUCAGUGCUACCGGCAUGAUGGCCAGGGCAACCCGGACUGUCCGGUGUGUCAAAUGCCGCUGAACGAGCUGGCCCGGCCGCUGCCGUUCUCGCACUGCACGCAGUCGCGGCUCAUGUGCGCCCUCUCCGGCAAGCCCAUCGACGAGCACAACCCGCCCAUGGCACUGCCCAACGGUAACGUCUACGGCAAGCUGGCGCUCCAGAGUCUGGCGGUCGAGAUGAAGGGACGCGUCGUGUGCCCGCGCACCCAGGAGGUGUUCGGCGAGUCGCAGCUGGAGAAGGUGUUCGUCAUGUGAUGGGCGCCGCCCGGAGGCAGGACGCGGCGGCGGCCGGUGACGGUGGCAAGGGGCGCGCAGGGCUGGGCCAGGGCCGUGCGGAGUAGCCGGACGGGUGUUAGGAAGAGCGUAGUGUGUCAGUGGGGGCCUAUGCGUUUGUAGCUGCCUUUGAGUCACGGCUGCUGUUUGGUUCCCGGAAAGAAGGUCGACUCCCGUUUGAAAUAAAUUUCGAGGCAAAACAUCAUCUGAGAGCCCCGUGAAGGUCCGUUCGGAUGCUACCUAUUCCUUUGUACGGCUAAGAAUUGCCAGUCGGGAGCUGGCGACUUUUUAGCGGGUGCAAAGUUUGCACAUAGCAGCUAUCCAGUCUAAGUGGCGUGCUCUUGUAAUGUCAUGCCAGCAGCCUACAUGUUUGGAAAAUCAAUAUUGAUUUCCCUCUCUUGAUAAUCGGAUCAAAAACGAAAACAUUCAACCGAAGGGCAGCAGCGGGAGAGACUGGUGAAAGAGUGGGCCGCCAGUAUUCAACGUCAUUAUUGUCUUCUUGAUACGUCCUAGUGCGGUUGGAACUUUGGUCUCGCCAGGUGCGAACUGGCUGUUUGUCAUUGCCUUGCUAUGGUCUUCCCAUGCCGUGGCGAUCCUGGGUUGUGCGAAUGGCUUGGUGUUUUGUAUGAUCGCCGAAUGACCCGUAUCUAUGUGUGUGCCCUAUGUUGCCAUUCGCAAUAUUGGUGCGGAGAAGCCUCAGAUUUGGUUUAGCCGCACAAUAUCACUGUAUAUAUUGCCUUGUGAUAACCGAAAAUACAGGGACAGGAAUGUCCGGCGCGUC